AUACCCCGGAAGUAAACCCGGAAUCUACAAAACUUUUUUGGCAUAUGCGCCAGGCGUGCAAUUCUCAUUGGAUUGAAUACGCGCCAUUUUGGGGUUCGGUAUCCAGUUCUUACAAUACAUGAUCAAAGGCCGGAGCAUUUCCUGAGGCCUUACAUGAAGCUGCUGUUUUCUUUUCCCGCAAUCCACCGGGAGAGACUGAAGGCGCCUUUCGAAGCGUCUGCAUGUCAACAAGCCGUAUUUGAGGAGGCCCAGCUUCAAUUAAAGACAUCUAAUGCAUGCAUAUUAUAACACGCUGGUUUUGGGACAAUACGUUUAUCUUUCAUCACUCUGCCUAACGGACUAUAACAUUUAUUAACACCGACAUGGCUCCGUUCAACUUAAUGACAGCAAGUGUGAGCUGGUUGGCUAAGUCCUUCAGUGUCUUCUCCUGCACAAGCAGUCUGGCAAGGUGUACCAGUGUCCUCCCAGCAGCAUACGUCAACCCAGUGAAAUGUCUGACCUCUCAGGCCAGUGGCCCUCCAAAGAGACCUCUGAACGGAUACAUGAGAUAUGUUCUGCAACAGCAGCCAAUCAUGACUGGACAAAACCCAGAAAUCAAAUCUGUGGAUAUCAUCAGAAAGAUCGCCCAGCAGUGGAGAACGAUGAGCCCAGAACAGAAACAACCAUUUGAGGAAGCCUCUCUGCGGGCCAGGGAGCAAUUUAAGGUGGACCUCCAGCGCUACCAGGCCCAGCUGACCCCAGCACAGGUCCAACAACAAGCCUUGGAGAAGAGGCAGAGGUUGGCCAAAAGGAAGGCCAUCCGCAAAAAGAGGGAGUUAACCAACCUGGGGAAGCCUAAACGUCCUCGCUCUCCAUUCAACAUUUUCAUGUCAGAGCACUUUGAGGAUGCCAGAGGAACCACCACACAGGCAAAGAUGAAGUCACUGUUGGAGGAUUGGAGGAAUCUGUUCAAUCAUCAGAAACAGGUCUACACACAGCUGGCUGAGGACGACAAAAUUCGCUACAAGAAUGAGAUGAAGUCGUGGGAGGACCACAUGAUGGAGAUUGGACGAGAAGACCUGAUCCGAGAGCAGACAAUGUCUUCCAAGAAAAAACCUACUGCUACAACUCCAGCAACCAAGAAAGGAACAAAGAGGGCUAAAGCAGUGAAGAAAGCCACUGCCACAGGAAAGUCAAAAACAACCAAGAAGAUGACAAAAAGCAGCUCCGUAAAGACUGUCAGGACUACUAAGAAGACAUAAAAUGUGUUUAUCUACUGAGUCUGGAGGGGAAAAGUGUGUUCAUGACAAGUUCUGAUGCCCCAGGGCUGUGCUCUGCUUGGUUUUUUCCUCUAACUUGAAAGUUCCCAGUUGACACGAAUGCUUCUUAUGGUUCAACUGCGCAAAGCUUUUACAGCAUUCAGAUAGAUUAAGAUCAUUUUACAACACCCCAUUAAUGCCUUUGUUCAGUGCAAAUUACACCAAAUAAACCCUGAAAGCAGGAUUUUUAUAGGGCACAAUGCGACCCUCUGUACAAAUACACAUCCUGGCUUUGACUGGUUGGUAGAAUCCCUCCGAAUGAUGUACAGUGGGAUUGUUCCAGGCUAAGAAAGUGAGUUACUUGAUGAAAUUUAAUGAUUUCAGAAGCUUAAACAUAUGAAUGAAGCGUUAAAGUGAUUAUGUGGGGCACAGACAAUGUUUAUACUUUCUUGUCUGCAAUGUUUAAAAGGUUUCAUACCCGAGUGUAAAGAGGUGAAACUCCAACAACACUUGUAGUAUAUAAAACAACUUUAAUGUUAGACCAACACGUUUCGGCUUGUGGCCUUCAAGCUGAAAAGCGUUGGUCUAACAUUAAAGUUGUUCUAUAUAGUACCAGUUUUGACCUCUUUAGAAUUUUUCCCUUCUCCAUGCACCUUGGAAGUAGGUGAAGUUGUGCCAGAAACCCCUACUAUACCCGAGUGUAACCACAGUCUACUUGAGGGGGAUAUAAAGGUUACUGGUGUCAUCCGAAAACAACCACACUUUUCUAUUUUUGGUAUUUCAUUAAGAUUAUUAGUAAGUCAGCAAAGUCCAAAACCCACAAUGUGUUAGUGUGUCUUUCUAAGACUUACAUCUUUAAAACACCUCACAAAUAUAUAGUUUCAUUUUUAAAAAGGCUCAGUAAUUUCCUAAAACAGCUGGUCACAGCAGGUUUUAGCAAACAGGUGGAAACUGCAUUUGUUGGGGACUAUUUUCAGCGGUGGAUUAAUCCACAUUAGGUGUUCAAGUGAGUAUUUGGGGCAGCAGGACAGUGUAUGUGGGACAAAGUCAGAAUAAACUACAGUGUGUGUUCAUGGUAAUUAAGGAACAUGUCACCCAGUGCAACGGUGUGGCUCACUUAUGUGUUUUUAAUACUUUUUGGACAACAUUGGAGCUCUAUCACAUGAAGUACCACAGACUAAUACAAUGUUAGUUUUGAUAUUCUCAUGGGUUUUGAUGACAAUAAGAAAAAUCUAUAACAACAGCAGCCUUAUCCUUUACAGAGUAUAUGCCACUCCACAGUGCAGCUUGUUGGUCAGUUCUCAGUAAGUUUCUACUCUGAGAAAAGUGCCAUUGGUUGCAAAUUUACAGACAGCACCUCUUCUAAAGAUCAGACAGUACCAUGUUCCAUGUAUGCAACCUGAUUGAAUUUGUCUCAUCGCUGAUAUUAGUGAAGCAUAAGCUUGUACAGUCGCAACCUCAAACUGUGAAAAAUCCCGCUAUUAGUCUUUUAAGGCGUAAGUAACAUUAUCAACUGACAUUCAGUUUUUUUAAACACCAAAAGUUCCAAAUUAUGCAUUGUUCCAGUUAAGCUUCAUAUGAGAUUUUUUGUUCUGUUAAAAGCUAUAAAAAUCAUGUUAUGGUUGACUAUAAAAUUUGCUUUUUUCUCACACCGCCUUCAUCCAAAUGAGGGCAAUUGGCAAUAAAGGGUCAUUCCCCCCUUAGAUGCCAAGUGAAAAAUACUUGUUUGUCCUGACUUCACUCUACAAAGUUUGCCAUGAGCAGCUCAGUUAUGUUUCAUGAAACAACAUUCCAUGCAGUCAAUGAUAGUUAAUCCUAUAAUCCAGAUUUUAUGUGUAAAGUCACAUACCUGUUAAUUACGAAGGACACACUUUCAGUUUUGACAGUUUAUUUUGCUUGUAGAAUGUAUUUAGUGCUACCGUAUUCAGACAGCAUUAACUACGGCUUGUUUUCUUUGUAUAGUGUUUACUGAAUAAACAUUUACAUACACCUUUCUA